UCAGGGUCCCAACCUUUCCGUGCCAACUCUACGGAAACCCGCUCAUCGCACACCACCCCAUUUCCCAUCAAACUUCUCUCGCUCGACAUUCCUCCAUUCAAACCCAUCGAAUCAAUACCAUACAUCACAAUGACGAGCAUGUCUCCCACAAGCGUCGUCAACGGCGGUUCCGCGGCCACCUCAAACCAGGGUAGCGUCUCGCCCCGGCAGACGGUGUCGCCCAAGAACGUCGCAUUUGAACUCCUCUUCACCGAGUCACCGCAAUACAGGGCGCGACUCCCCAUGCGAGUCCAAAUAUAUCCUCAUGACACUACCGACUCCAUUGUUACCACCGUCAAGAAUUUUUACGGUCUGUACGGUGGCCCGACCGGCUCAAAGGGCGUCAGUUUCGAGGACGAAAAUGGUAUAACCCUCAUCGCCCGAUACGAGAACUUCCGCAACAACAUGGUUGUCUACGUCAGAGUCAUUGAGGAGUCCCCCUCUGCUUCUAGCCCCUUUGUGCCGCCCACAUAUCAUAACCCUCCCUCCAGCGCUCAGCAAUAUUUCGAGGGCAACGGUUAUCCGCUGCAGCCUCCACCGCGCUUCGGCCAAGAAAUCUCUAGGCCUUCAUCGAGCACCUCUCGGAAGCGCAGCCCAUCCCCCAAUGCCGGACGCGGCCGGCGUUCCGGAUCUGCCCAUACGAAUCCCAAGAAGGGUCGAUCCCGCUCUUCCAAGAAUCGGGACACUGCCGCCUCCAAUGGCCACGCUGAUAUCUACAGUGAUAGCGUCAACGGAUACAGCAGCGGUGACGGCGCUCCUGGGUCCAGCUCUAGCAGAAUGAAGGAGCAGAUUGGCAACACCGAAAUCAGCCUCGAAAACAUUGUUGAGGGAGGUCGUCGCAAGCGGGCCAAAUUUGAAAGCUCGGAACUCCCCUUAUUUGCGCCUCCUCAGAUGCCAGCGGCUACGUCGAAUCCGUCCGUAUCUCCUGCCCGCCGCGCCGAGCCUCAGCGAGCCUCUCUGCCAUUUGUCCACCCGGGCCAGAACCCUUUCACGAACCCGAUGCCUCUGCAUUCCCCGCAGAGCCACAAUAAUGGAUAUGCGCAAGGUGGAUUUUAUGCGACGCCGUCGUCUGAACGCCACGGUCGCGGUAGCAUCGGAUACGCUGGGCAAACCGGCAACUACAGCGGCAUGAGCGGCAUUCUGCCCACUCCAGACCCCACCGUUGGCAGCUGCAUGUCAGAAGAGGAUAAGGAUGUUGCCAUCCAGCUUAUGCGCCUGGGUGAAAUGUCAAACAUUUCUCAUGGCCGCACCUCUGCGUCCACGCUGGACGACACCUUCAGCGGCCGUGCCGACGCCGCCUCUUCCACUGGAGCCACUAGCGAUGGCGAAAGUGAGAGCGACGAGGAGUCAGCCGCCCGGCGCCAAAAGCUGGAUGCUGCUGGUGUCAUGCGCAAGAUCUACCAGACUACAGAGAGCCACUUCAUUCCCCAGCCCAGCAUCGAAACUCCUGUUGAAGACGUCCGUGUCGAGAAACCUACCAGUCACGUCGUCAAUGGCGAGGGCAAGCCCGAGGUGCUGAAGAACAAGACCAACCUUCCGGAUGCCAAACCAAAGACACAACUGCCCAGCUCCAAGCCCAAGACCAAGGUCAGCAAGGUUCCUCGGCCUACUAUUCCUAAGCCCAAGAAGGCUUCAGCCCCGGCAUCCAUUUCGGCUCCCGCUCCCGCUAGCAACGGGCCCAUGUCGCCGGCCUCUCUGCCUCCUUCGCGCAAGCCAUCAAUUGCUUCUGCUGCUGCUGCUACCUCGGGUGCGCCCGGAGAAGACGAUCAGCUUGAUCUUUCUGCCAAGCCCCGCUGCCAGCGAUGCCGCAAGAGCAAGAAGGGCUGUGACAGGCAGCGACCUUGUGGGCGAUGCCGUGACGCCGGCCUCAAUGCUGAACAAUGCAUCAGCGAGGACGAGGGCAAUGGACGCAAGGGCAGGUAUGGACGACACAUGGGCGUUCCUAUUAAGAAGGAAGACAUUGUCAACCCUACGCAGCCUAUUCUCCUGCCAGCUGCGCCAAUUGCCACGACGGCCGCGAUGGCCGACAAGAACAAGAAGCGCAAGCGGUAG